ACAUUGAACCAAAGGAAAGCGAGGGAAAGAAAAGAACCAUAUCAUUUUUCAAAGCCUUUCUCUUUCUCUUUCAUUCUUCUUCUUCUUCUUCUUCAAGCUAUUCUUCCUUCAUUCUCCUCUCUCUCUCUCUAUAUAUCAUUUUCUCUUUUAAAUUCCUUCAGUAUUCAGCUAUACAUCUUUUUUUCAUUGUUAUAGCUAAGAAUUCUAUGCCACCCAUUUUGUAAUAUAUUAUAAUAUAGAAUAUAUAAUUUGGGUCUUUUGUUCAUUCUUAAGGCCUAAUUAAUCAUGUCAACCGAUCAAGUUUCACCAUUCUCUGUUGUUUCUGUCGUUGAAGAUGUUCUUCAACAACAAGGUCUCCGCUCUAGCGAUUUCAAAUUUGCUUCCAGGAAAGCCGAAGAAGCUUCUCUGAGAAGGUAUGAAGCAGCUGGUUGGUUGCGAAAAACGGUUGGAGUAGUUGGAGGGAAAGACUUGCCAGCUGAACCUUCUGAAGAAGAUUUUAGAAUCGGUUUGCGCAGUGGAAUUGUCCUCUGUAAUGCUCUCAACAAAAUUCAACCUGGAGCAGUACUCAAGGUGGUUGAAGGCCCUUGUGAUUCUGUUAUUAUUCCUGAUGGAGCAGCAUUAUCUGCUUUUCAAUACUUUGAAAAUGUAAGGAACUUUCUUGUAGCUGUUGAAGAAAUGGGACUUCCUACCUUUGAAGCUUCUGAUUUGGAACAGGGAGGAAAAUCUUCAAGGGUAGUGAACUGUGUUUUGGCACUGAAAUCCUACGCUGAAGGGAAACUUGUAGGAAGAAGUGGGUCAGGGUCAUUGAAAUACGGUCAAAAACCACCUACAUCUGGGAAACCAAUUUUGAGGAAAAACUCAGAACCAUUCAUGAAGUCUCUAUGGAGUAUGACAGUAGGUGACAAAGAUGGAUACACGAGUGAUCCAGAUCGACAUGAAGGGGGUUCAUUUUCUUCCUUAAACUCGCUAGUUCGCCAAUAUUUGUCUGACAAGAAGCCGGAGGAAAUUCCCAUUGCAGUGGAGUCUCUUCUUAACAAAGUCAUGGAAGAGUUUGAACGUCGCACGCAAAUUCAACAAGAAACGUUCAAAACAACUCAAGAAGAUAAGGCAUUGUCUGAAACAGACCAAUCAAUUUCAAAAGUUGAUUCUGUUGAUGAAGAGAUGGAAGAAAAUGAAGAUGUAGAACAAUUGGAAGACAAACAAGAGGAAUGCUAUGAUGAGAAAUACAACAGUGAUGCUGAAGAAUCAAGCAGCCUGAAUUUGAAGCAACAAAGUUUAGUCCAAGAGCAGCAUAGAAGUAUCCAGGAAGUGAAAAACAUUGUGCAUCAAACGAAAUCGGGAAUGCAGUUUCUGCAAAAGGAAUACCAGAAGGAUAUGAUCAAUCUAAGUAAGCACUUGCAUAGUCUAGCUGCUUCUGCUUCUGGAUAUCAUAAAGUUCUUGAAGAAAACCGCAAGUUAUACAAUCAAGUGCAGGAUCUGAAAGGAAAUAUUAGGGUGUAUUGUCGAGUUCGACCGUUCUUGGGUGGCCAACCGAGUCAAAAUAGCGUUGUCAGCAGCGUCGAGGAAGGAAGUAUGUCACUCAUGAUACCUCCCAAUUCCAAACUUGGCAAAGAGGGAAAGAAGAUGUUUAACUUCAAUAAAGUGUUUGGUUCUUCUUCAACACAAGGGGAAGUUUUCUCUGAUACGCAGCCUUUGAUUCGUUCUGUUCUUGAUGGUUACAAUGUUUGUAUAUUUGCAUAUGGCCAGACAGGAUCAGGAAAAACAUACACUAUGGCAGGACCAGAUAAUCUUGAUGAGGAAACCAUAGGUGUUAACUAUCGCGCAUUGAGAGAUCUUUUCUUUCUCUCAGAUCAGAGGAAAGACACCAUUACCUAUGAAAUAUCUGUUCAGAUGCUUGAGAUUUACAAUGAGCAAGUUAGAGACCUACUAGCUCCAGAGGGUUCUAACAAAAGAUUAGAAAUUCGCAACAGUUCAAAUAAUGGCAUCAACGUGCCAGAUGCAAGCCUUGUUCCAGUUUCAACCACUUCCGAUGUCAUAACUUUGAUGAACUUGGGACAUAAAAAUCGAGCUGUUGGUUCUACUGCCAUGAACGACCGUAGCAGUCGUUCUCACAGCUGUUUGACAGUUCAUGUUCAUGGAAAAAACUUGGUAUCAGGAAGCAUUAUUCGAGGUUGUAUGCAUCUUGUUGACCUUGCAGGAAGUGAAAGGGCUGAUAAAACUGAGGCCACAGGAGAUAGACUUAAGGAGGCUCAACAUAUCAAUAAGUCACUUUCCGCAUUAGGAGAUGUAAUCGCUUCCCUUGCUCACAAGAAUGCACAUGUUCCAUAUAGGAAUAGUAAACUUACUCAGCUACUUCAGGAUGCACUUGGAGGGCAGGCCAAGACUCUCAUGUUUGUUCAUAUUAGUCCGGAACCUGAUGCUCUCGGAGAAACACUUAGUACACUCAAGUUCGCCGAACGAGUCUCCACUGUUGAACUUGGAACCGCGCGGGUGAAUAAAGAUAACACGGAAGUGAAAGAGCUUAAAGAACAGAUUGCUAUGCUGAAGGCAGCCUUAGCUAGGAAGGAUGGAGAAGCAGAACACAUUCAACAACCUUCCAAUAGUGGACAUGUAACACCAAAGUUGAAAUCCCAUGCAUCGUCACCUCCACAACGUAAUUGGCCAUCUUCUGGAGGCCGUAAGGUGCCAAAAGAUGAUUCCAGUAGCAUAAUGAGCCAAAAAAAGAGUGCACCAAAGCUGAAAAGAAGAAGCCUAGAUAUUCAUGACAUGUACAGGCAUUCACAAUCACCACCAUGGCCACAUGUUAACAGUCACCGUGUGGCAAAUGGAAAAGACGAUGAUAAGGAAUCCGUUUCAGGCGAAUGGAAUGAUAAGAUUAUGAAUAGAAAUGAUAGCUUAACUAGUGAUGAUAGCUUAGUGGGACAAUGGGAAGCAGAAAGUAAACAGUUCUCUCCAUUGCUAAGUCCAAGUUCUCUUUCAGAACAUUCAAAGUUGUGUUUGGAACCUGAGUUUGAGAUGACAACUAUGACCACUGAUGAAUCUGAUGAACUUGAAAUUGCAACAAGUGAUUCUUCAGAAUCAGACAUGAAUUGGUUAAUACAAGCACCUAAACCAACCGCAAUUUCAAAUGGAUUAGGCUCUAAUGCAAAGAAAUCUAUUAAUCAAAGACCAACAAAGAUUCCAGAAAUCAGGAGUAUGAUCCCAUCAUUAAUACCUUCUCCAGCAAAGAAACAACCAACACAAGUUGUUCAAGCAAGAAAGCAUCCUAUUGAUGCAAAAAGGAGGGCUGGAAAUGCCAAGUGAGAGAUAUUGUUCAAAGUGGCAAAAGGAUUUGUUGUCUUCCUGAGCUUUUAAUACAAUUUUUUAUGGUUUUAAUACUACACCUGAACAUUAAUUUGCUUGGUUGAAGAUUUAUGACAUCAAAAUAUUUUAUGUCAUGAAUUUUUCAAAAGGACAAAUGGAUGUAAAGUGUGAUGCCGGAAGGACAAAAUCAAGAGUUGGAUAAUGGUUUUAGAGUUGUAUGUAUAAUAGUAUAAUUUUGUGGAUUAAGAUUGACAAAGAGAUUUUUGUGCAAUUUGGCUAGUGUGGGGACAAUAAACCCAAUUGAGUGGUUUCAUCAUCAUGUAUUUAUUUAUUUAACUAGGUGUCAAUGUGGCCAAGAAUACACAAUUGAAUUCUCAAUUGUAUGAGUCUAUGAGGGUAGUUGAGUGAUAUUGCUUGCAGUUUUUUUAUAUGUAGUGAUAAUUCUCUGUAUUGGACCUUGUUGGCCGUCCAGACUCCAGGCGUGCAUAGGUUGGACCUCUGUUAGUUGUCCCUAUGUGCUCACCAUUUUUCUAUUUUUUGUUUGUUUUGGAUAUUCUAUUGUAAAGGUUAAAAGCAGAAUCAAAUUAUAUCAUACACACUUUGAGGUUGUGUGGGAGAAAUAUUAUUA